AUGGAACCCAAGCAGGAGAGCGCCCGUGAUGGCAACGAGCAGCCGCCUCCUCCCGGCCCGUCUGGCGCCAACGACGUUCCUCCCCACGCUCCCGUUCCCCAGGCCCCUGCCCCCGAGGAUGCGGCUCCUCAUGGUGCUGCUGAGACUCCCAACAACGCGGCCAUAAACGUAAAGAUUGUCGACACUACUGGUCACACUAUCCUGUUCAAGAUUAAACGGGACACUCGGAUGCAGAAAGUCAUGGCAGCGUUCUGUGAGAGACAAGGAAAGGACCCCAAGUCCGUUAGAUUCAUCUUCGACGGCACUCGACUGGUGGAGGACGACACCCCCCGCAGCCUUGACCUUGAGGAGGACGACGUCAUCGAGGCCCAGCAGGAGCAGACUGGAGGCGCCAUGUACUGA